AUGGGUGCACCAGAUGUGAUCGAGACAGGUGCGUGAUAUGGGGCGUGUAAUCACAUUCAAACAAGAACAGAAAUGUCGAUAAACCUAUCGACUUUUUAAACUUCUUUUGGAAAACAUAACAAUUGAAAAUUUGCAUUGUUCUUUGUUACAAAAAUGUCGUUAUUGACAUUAUUGUUGAUGUAUCUACAUGCAGUACAUGUAUUCACUUCAAACCCUGUAACUCCACUACAUCUUUUUGAAGUCGAUAGUCGCAUCGACAUUUCUGUUCUUGUUUCAAAUAUUUCACAAAAUUUUAACUAAUUUCACACCACCCUUUUUAGAUGGCCAAUCAAUUGCUAGUAGGUUGGCAAAACAGAUCAAUCGUAUUACAAAGUUGAUCAAGAAAGAUAUUGACAAAUACAACAACGAUGACCAUGGAAAUUUUCAGAAUGAGUGUCUUCCUUUAACGAUAGGUUUUGACGAGAUCAAAGAUCCCGAUUGUGCGUUUUGGCUGAUAUUACAUGUGCCUAAUGCCGGUGAUUCAAACGAAAAUCAGAAUUCAAUUCCGUUUAACGUGAAACGUAAAGCUAUUGAUUUGUGUCAUUUGUCAGAUAGAGCAAAAGAAGAGCAAGUUCUACUGAAAGACGAAAUGCGUAAUACAUUUCAUCAUUACCGGCAGCAACAUGAUCUGAUUACAGAUUUUAUUAUGGCCACUGAUAACGACAACGCAAUAGUUGAUGAGAUGCAGUUUGGCGAAUUACUAUUUUGUCGCCGGAAAUUACUAUAUAUAGAAUGUCGUUUGCUUCAAAUACAAGAAAAAUUUUCGCCUCAUAUUGGAAUUGAAAUUCCCCGUAUGAUUAUUAUACCUGGACAUGAGGAAGAUGAUGUUGUCCUGGAACAAGAUGAUGAGGUUGUAGGUGAAGAAAACGAGGAAGAAGUUGUCAUCAUAAAUCCUUUAGCAGAGGAAUCUGAUUCUGAUUGCGAGUAUGAAAGCGACAGUGAAUUUGCAACUUGUGACAUUUUUCUGUAA